AUGCCACAAGACCCGAAUCUAUAUGGACAGCGUCCUGUUAAAAAGCAGAAGCGCGAUGCAACAUUAUCUAGCUCGCUUGACUUCACUGCUCAACUGACAUCAUUAAUGUCAAACGCCUCGUCAGGCGCGACAACAGCUGGCCGUUCGCGUGCUCCAAAGGAAGGCAAAGACGACAUAUUCAAAGGAUCAAAACCGAAAAGAAGCAAAGAGCCCAAUGAAUCAAAGAAGCUUCAAUUAAAGGAGGUGGCGGGCACAGAGGAGGAAACCCAAGAACUGGCGAGAGCCAGGAGACGGAUGGAGGAAAAAGCACGACUCUACGCAGCGAUGAAGCGAGGAGAUUAUGUCGCUAAAGAAAACGAGGCCGCGCCACUGAUAGACUUUGAUCGCAAAUGGGCGGAAGGAGAGGAGACAAAAGAAGAUUAUGAGACCAGCAGCGAUGAAGACGACGCUCAGGACAGCGGCGAGAUGGUCGAGUACGAGGAUGAAUUCGGUCGCGUACGACAAGUCACCAAAGCAGAAAAGGAGAAGUUGGACCGCAGAGCCCGACGCGGCUUAUUGGGAGCCGAAGAACUCGAGCGCAUGUCUGCAAGACCCAGCGCGCCGAGCAACCUCAUCGUUGGAGACACUAUACAAGCGAUGGCGUUUAACCCAGACGAUCCGGAUAAGAUGGAAGAACUGGCGCGGAAACGAGACCGCAGCGCAACACCACCGCCAGCGCAGCACUACGACGCGGAUUGGGAAAUUCGGACCAAAGGCACGGGAUUCUACAAGUUUAGUCAAGACGAAGAAACCCGAACAGCGGAGAUGGAGGGGCUCGCGGAAGAGCGGCGUAAGACGGAGGAACAACGGCGGACGCGCGAGGAACAGAAGGAGGCUAGAAGACGGGAAAUUGAGAAGCGGAGGGAGGAUAUGGCGGCUCGGAGGGCCAAGAAGCAAGCUGAUUCAUUCUUGGACAGACUGGGGGACUGA